AUGUGGUUCUGCAUCAAUUUAUGUCUUGACCUUGGUCGCGGUCCUUUUGAAGAAUACGAUGAUUACGGGCUCACUUAUUGGGAGCGCAUAGAAGUCAGCCGCGAAGUCAGUAGUCGAAGCAUCCGCUUCGACGGGAGCGUCAUCCGGGAACGGGGCCGGCCGUGUGUGGUGAGCUGGCCUGGAAAGUAUGAGGGCGCGUGGGAAAGCCUCGUGUCGCAAGGCCGGAACGGCCAGGUCAGCGCAGCCGUCGUCUUCCUCCCUGAAGGCACGGAAGACUAUGGCAAGUGCGACAGCAUCCUACUGUCUGAAGGCUGGCCCGGCACCUGCUGGUGCACGCCCCUCUACGGUGAACAGAAGCCGUGGGGGUGUAGGUGGUUCACUAAGUGGAGGGAGAACAUCGAGACGGCAGUGGAGUCUGGAGCAGAGCUGGAAGUUUACUACUUCCCGAACCUCGUUGGCAAAGGCAAGGUGGAGAGCUUCGACACAGCAGGGGCCGACAACCUCCAAAGGGAGGAAAUUAAUAAGAAACAAAAGGACUUCGAGAAGUCUCCUGAGUUCAAGCAGGCGCUGGGCGCAGGUCUCGGCAACCUCUCCAAGGAGCUGCGUGGCGACGGAUCCUCCCAGUACAGCCGUGAAGCUCGGCGCCUGUUUCUCGCUUCCCUCUCGGAGACAGAGCGCGAGUUUAUGGCAGCCUCGGAGGGCCUCGGCAACUCCCAGAAAGCCGAGGUCGCCUGGCUACAAAAGAAGGGCUAUGCGUACUGGGAGGUAGACAUCUCCACGUGGCUCCCGGGAGAGGGAGUUGAGAGAUACGUCCCAGUCAUUGCAAUCUACAAACCGUAUGUCUCCGAAGUGCCAGGCUACACCCUCAACCACUGCAGGGAUCUCAAAGAGACUUACACUGAGGAGCA